AUGUCCGCCAGCGGCUACAGCGACCUGCGGGAGAAGCUGCAGUCCCGGGAGGUGAAGAAGAGGAAGCAGCCGGCCUCGGACACGGAGGACGAGGAGGCGGAGCUGGAAGAGGAGGAGGAGGCGCGGAAGGUGCGGAGCGGGAUCCGCCAGGUGCGGCUUUUCUCCCCGGAGGAAUGCCUCCGCAUCGAGGCCAAGAUAGACGAGGUGGUGGCCCGGGCCGAGAAGGGGCUCUACCGGGAGCACACGGUGGACCGAGCGCCGCUCCGCAACAAGUACUUCUUCGGGGAGGGAUACACCUACGGGGCCCAGCUACAGAGGAGGGGCCCCGGCCAGGAGAGGCUCUACCCCAAGGGUGACGUGGAUGACAUCCCGGACUGGGUGCACGAGCUUAUCAUCCGUCGCUUGGUGGAGCACCGCCUCAUCCCCGAUGGCUUUGUAAACAGCGCCGUUAUCAAUGACUACCAGCCCGGCGGUUGUAUCGUCUCUCACGUGGAUCCUAUCCACAUCUUUGAGCGGCCCAUCGUCUCCGUGUCCUUCUUCAGCGACUCGGCCCUGUGCUUCGGCUGCAAGUUUCAAUUCAAGCCCAUCCGCGUGUCUGAGCCUGUGCUGUUCUUGCCUGUGCGAAGGGGCAGCGUCACCUUGCUCAGUGGGUACGCAGCAGAUGAGAUCACACACUGCAUUAGACCACAAGACAUAAAGGAGAGACGUGCUGUGGUAAUACUUAGAAAAACUAGAACAGAGGCUCCACGCUUGGAAAAGGCCCUUAGUGGAAUUUAUCAUCCUGAACGACUGUCUGGGAACAACAGGCAGCAAAUCCUGAAACCAAAACGCUCCCACCGCAAAGCUGAUCCUGACGCAGCUCACAGACCUCGUGUUCUUGAAAUGGAUAAAGAAGAAAACCGAAGAUCUGUACUUUUACCAAAACCAAGGAGACGGAGCAUUGUCAGCUCUGAGAACUAUUGGCGGAGGCCCUACGAGUAUGUGGACAGCUACACAGAUACGGGGGAGGAUGAGGGAAGCCCAGCCCGGAAAGUAAAAAUGAGGCGACACUGA